AUGAACGAGCUUCCGGCUGAAUGUCAGGAGUUCUGGCGGGCGAGAAAACAUCAAAUAAAGGAGUCUGUUUACGCAUUUUUCGUAAUUCUCGGAGCAAUGGGCACUGCCGAGCGCAAUGAUGACGACAUUGAGUAUGUGGUUCCACUUUUUCAAGAAUACCUUGUCCGCGGAAGAAAUGAAUGCCUUAAUGGAAACCACGACCAUUUCCUCCAUGAUAAUUACUUCCACCAAGCCCAUCUCCGUAUGGAGGAAGUUCUAAUCCGUAUUGAAAACGACCAUCGUCUCCGUCAAUAA